AUGACGACUGGUGCAACCCCAGAGAAGCUUUUCUGGCGUAAUUUUGAUUACGCAAAUAUGAUUGAUUAUAAUCUUGUUGAAAUUUAUGGACCACAAGUAACAAAAAUUUUUGAAGCACAAGCAAAGUUCUUGCUUCAAGAUGCUCGUGUCCUUGCCCUGGUUACAACGUCGUCAAUAGCUUAUUUUUCGAAUCAAUCAACAAUCUUACUUGAUAAUUGUAAUUAUAUGAAAAAAGGUCUUGCUUCGUACAGUUUAAUUACAACAUGUUCCGGUAUAUUCAUUUUAACAAAUGGUGAACACCAAUUUGCUCUUUUUGUGUACUCAAAAAGUGAGUACACUCUAGAAUCGGUCAGUAUGUCCGUCCGGCCGGCCGUUAACACGAUAACUUUUGAAAGGAGAGUCCAAUCGCGAUGAAAUUUUCUACACAGUUCAGUCUUAACAAUGUCUCGGUCGAGUUCGAAGAUGAGAAGAAUUGGCUGAACCAUUCCUGAGUUAUUGCAAAAAUAGUCAUUUUUUCCUAUGGCUUCCUAGGCGAAAAUCGACCCAUCACCGCUUGCGUAAAAAACUUUUCCUAUCAUACUCAAAAUAAAACCCCAACUAUUAGAUACCAUUCGAUAGAGCAUUUCACGAGCUACAAAAUGGUAUAUAAAGCAUUAAAAAUUUGAGCUCAAACUUUGGAGCUAAGGAAAGGGUUUUUUGAGAAAAUAGCGAUAUUUUAUAAAGGUUGACGAAAGCAAAUCGGGGUCGAGGAAUCUGAAUUUGAAGUCUGAUUUUGAAAAAUUUUGAACUCCAUUUUUUGGGUCAAAGAAAGAGUUUUUUAAGAAAACAACGAUAUUUUAUAAAGGUUGACGAAAGUAAAUCGGGGUCGGUGAAUCCGAAUCUGAAGUCAGAUUUUGAAAACUCUGAACAAAAGUUGUUGGGUUAAGGAAUCGUUUCUUCACUUUUUUAUCUCAUAACUUACUCACUUGGGUGUAGUGUAUUUAUAGAUUAAACUGUUUUCUGUCUAAUUGAGACCUUCUUUAGCUCAAAGGGCCAAACCGUUCACGAGACAAGGUUAAAGUGCCGAGCAUACACUCAAGAUAGUUAAUUUUUAUUAUAAAGCUGUCUGAAAUAUUCAUCCUUGUGCGCACUAAGGAACUGCCCCUUAGGCCCUGCGGAUGCCCUCUUUUUGUCCCAUAGGACGUGGUGAGGAGUUAGUUCCGGAAGUUUUAUUCAUUCGCAUAAACUGCUUUGCUUUAGCUGAAUCGUGUUUCUUUUUAUAAGCUCAUGUUAAUUAUGUCAAAGUGCGGUACAAAUUGUUGAGGAUUAUCUUCAAAAGGCAAGAGAGCAUAAUAAUUAAUACCAUUGGAGUAAACACAUAAUCCUAAUUUAUUCCUAUCAGAUUUGUAUCCUACGUAUUUCAAAUGACCACCUGCUGUCCGU